UGAAGUUCUAGAUGAGAAUUCCUGUCCUACUGGCAGUCAUGACUUCAGGCAAAGACACUUGGCCUGUCUUACCUAAACUUAACAGCAACUCUUCUGAGGAGAAUUUAUAUAAGUCUGCUCAUAAGUUUGAGGCAAUUCAUUUGCCACGGUUUUCAUUAAAGCAAGGGCUCAUCCCAAGAUAUUAUGUAAUGCCUUGGAAAGAAAAUAUGAAAUUCAGGAAGGUGAAUCUGAAGCAUGCAGAAGCAUGUAGGAUCCAUGCCGGCCCUUUAGAAGAUACUCUGUUUUUGAAUCACAGCGAAAGGCUUUGCCAUGGGGAGGACCGUAAAGUCGUCUCGAAGAAAGGCCCACCAGAAAUAAAAAUCGCAGAUAUGCCUUUGCAUUCACCUCUUUCCAGAUACCAAAGCACUGUGAUUUCCCUCGGCUUCAGGAGGCGACUGGUCUGAUGAAAGAAUAAAACGAUAAGAGUAUUUCAGUCUCU